AUGCCUGUCCCCUUUCUGGGGCGCCUUAACAUCACCGAAUAUGUCGCUCUCGUCGGAUCGUUUCUCCUAGUCGGCCUCGAAGCCUUUAUCCGCAUCUUCACCCUCGCCCUACCGUCAUCACUCCUCGAGCUGUGCUACGGCGUAUCCCGGCGGUUGUUUAAUAGGCUAGCCAGUCCGGCGCAAAAGAGAGCUGAGCGGAGGAGGAAGUCCAUCUCGACCUCGAUCCGAAACGCCUCCGAUUUCGUCGACCUCUGCGCUGCGUUCGGGUACACCGCCGAGGAACAUGUCGUGCAGACCAAGGAUGGGUACUUGCUCGGCCUGCAUCGGCUAGCGUGGAAAAAGGGGGAAGAGGAGGUCCGAGUCAAUCGUGGCCCGAAUAGCGUCAAGAAGCGGGUGGUCUACCUGCAUCACGGCCUGUUGAUGAACAGCGAGGUGUGGGUGUGUCUGACCGAUGAGCAGCGCGCCCUGCCGUUUACCUUGGUAGAGAAGGGAUUUGAUGUCUGGUUCGGAAACAACCGCGGCAACAAGUACUCCAAGAAAUCGAUCCACUCGUCGCCCACGUCGCUCAAAUUCUGGAACUUUUCCAUCGACGAGUUCGCGUUCCACGAUAUUCCCGACAGCAUCAGCUACAUCCUCGAGACCACCGGUCAGCAGUCGCUUUCCUACAUCGGCUUCUCCCAGGGCACCGCCCAGGCCUUCGCCAGCUUGGCCGUCCACCCGAAGCUCAACGACCAAGUCAACGUAUUCAUCGCCCUCGCGCCCGCUAUGUCGCCGGCGGGCCUCUCCAACGGUAUUGUCGACGCCCUCGUCAAAGCCUCUCCGCAGGUUCUCUACCUCCUCUUCGGCCGCCGCUCCAUCCUCAGCUCAGCGACUAUGUGGGAGUCGAUCCUCUACCCGCCACUCUUUACCAAGGUGAUCGACAUGGGCCUGUCGUUUCUCUUCGCCUGGCGCACCCAAAACAUCAGCACCUCGCAGAAGCUCGCCGCCUACCCGCAUCUGUACUCUUUCACCAGCACCAAAUCCGUCGUCCACUGGUUCCAAAUCAUUCGCACCAAGUCCUUCCAGAUGUACGAUGACGACGUGCACCCGCCACUCGGCCUCUCACCUUCCGCUAGCCGGUACACCAAGGUCGCCAAGUACCCGACGCGCAACAUCAAAACCCCCAUCGUGCUCGUCUACGGCGGCAGCGACUCCCUCGUCGACAUCCGCGCCAUGCUGCGCGAGCUGCCCGCCCAGACCCUCGCUAACGAGAUCCCCCACUACGAGCACCUCGACUUCUUGUGGGCCCGCGACGUGCACGAGCUGGUUUUCCCCCAUGUCUUUGAUGCCCUCGAGAGUUUCACCGGCGCGGAGCACACCCGCGAGGAGUACGCCCGCUACCAGAUCAAGCGCCAGAGCUCGAGUCUGCUGGGUGUGCCGCCUACCGCGGUCGCGGGGGGAAAGAAGAAGAAAGCCAUGACGCAUUUGGCAAGGGGGAGUGAUGUGGUAGACAGCGAUGUUAGCACCGCCGUGGGCGGGGGCAGCAACCAUGGCGAUGACGAGGAGGAGGAUGAGAGCAGUGAGGUAGGCGGUGCCGGGCAAGAGGAGGAGAAAGGAGAAGACACCGAAGCGCGUCGCCGGCGACAACUACGCAUCCACACCCAACCUCCGCCGCCGCAACCCCAGCCCCAGGAUCAACCCCAUGCCACCGCUGCUACCGCCCCGCCCACCCCGGAGUCACCAGUGGCACCCCCGGCGCCGCGCGUGCCGAAGCUUGGGGAUGCCGAGGUGGUAGAUACCGGCGCACAUGUCGUGGCGGCAAUGGCGGCGGCUCCUCCCCGUUCGAAUUCGCCUCGUCCUCCGAGAGAGAAGAAGAAUGUGGUGGGUGGCGGGCAGGAGGAGCCAGCGCCGAAGGUUGGGAAGGCAGAUUCGACCCUUCAGGCUGGGAAGGAAGAUGGCCCGGUGACAGCUCGUAAAGGUAAAGCCAAAGCCAAGGGGCUUGUGACUACCGGCCUGGGGAGUGAGGUUGGAGGGUCAAAAAGUGGAAGCGGUAAAGCUGAGGUUGGGACUGAGGGAGCUGGGACUCCUGGUCCGAGAAGUGAGGUUGGCGGGUCGAAAAGUGGAAGUGGUAAAGCUGAGGCUGGUACUGGGUCUGGGUCUGGAAAGAAGGUCCAGACAGAGGGGCGGAAACGGCGGGGUUCGGUGAAGAAGUGA